AUGACAGCAAGCACCGUGUUAUACGAGCCGAGCAAUGAAGGCAUUACAACCAUCACCAUUAACAGGCCGGCAGUCAGAAACGCCGUCAACCAUGCCACAUCACUGAAGCUGGCAGAAGCUUUUCAAAAAUUCGAAAACGACGCUUCCCAGAAAGUAUGCAUAUUCACUGGCGCGGGCACCAAUUUUUGCGCCGGCUAUGACCUGCACGAAGUAGCCGGCAACAGUACCGGCGAGGUCGCUGUCGGCCCGGUCGACAAGGUCAACGGAGCUUUCGGUCCCAUGGGCCCGUCACGCAUGCAACUGAGCAAGCCCAUCAUCGCCGCCAUCUCUGGGCAUGCCGUUGCCGGUGGACUAGAGCUCUCGCUCCUCGCGGACAUGCGCGUGGUCGACACCACCGCCGUCUUUGGCGUUUUCUGUCGUCGCUUCGGUGUUCCACUCAUCGACGGCGGCACGGUACGACUGCCCAAAGUCGUCGGUCAAGGCAGAGCACUAGACAUGAUCCUUACAGGCCGACCUGUCGAUGCACAGGAAGCGCUCGCCUUUGGCCUGGCCAACCGCGUGGUGCCCAAGGGACAGGCGGUCGAGGCGGCGCGCGCGCUGGCUCGCAAUUUGCUUGGCUUCCCGCAAAAGUGUAUGCAGGCAGAUUUAGUGUCUGCCCACUACAGCGCAUAUGAUUCACCAAGUCUCGAGGAUGCGCUACGAUUCGAAUUCGAGAGGGGGGCUUUGGUAGUGGCCGAGGAGAGUGUGCAAGGGGCUAAGAAGUUUGACAAGGGCGCAGGCCGAGGAGGGAAGUUUGAAAAGGGAAAACUCUGA